UUAGAAUACCAGAGCCUAGAUUUUAUUCUAACAAAGGAAAUUAAAACAUGAAACUUGUACUCUGAGCUGUCCUGUGUGGAGAAUGUAGAAAGGCAGAGAGGGUGCAGGAAAUCCUGAAAGAGGCUACUACUACCUCGGGAGGCUGAGCCAGGGUGGUGGGAACAGGAUGGUGUAUAGGAAACAAAUGAUGUGAAAUGGAGGUGUAUUUUAAUGUGGGUCUCAAAGGAGGGGGAGAUGACAAGGAUGGCUUCCUGGUAGCUUGACCCCAACACAGAUUUCUAAUGGAAAACACACACACACACACACACACACACACACACACACACACACACACACGUGUCAUGGCUCAUCCUCUAGCUGCAUUCAGAGCCCAGACAAGGGGAUGGGGCGGGGGAGAGAAAAAAAGAGGGGAGCCUUGAUCCAGGGGCUGCUAUACUGGACACUGCUAGCCCUGGUUUGAGCCAGGAGAUGCUGAAAAAAGGGCCCCAGUUUCCAACUGGACCGCCCACCCACGUCUGGCUGGAUGUCUGGCAUCUGUGGAGCACCUCGAGGUGUUGGCUCCCUGCCGGCUUGUAGGGUGCGGCGCCGGCUCAUCCCCUCCAGCCCUGACUCGCCUAGUGCGCCUGACCCGUAGGGUGGCGGCUCGGUGUGGUCCAUGGGCCUACUGACGGAAUCCAAGGUCCCGGGGGUCAGCGGCGGCAAUGCACUUGACUCUCUGGGCAGCAGCCGACCCUGGCUUCCCCAUCCCGCACCUUCUGGGGAAGUGUGCGCGUAACCGUGGCCCAGGGUGAUCGAGGUGCGGAGAGGCGGGCAGCGGGCGCGUGCGCGUGGUCGUUGCGUGGGCGCUGCUCUGGAGUCGGAGAGCAUCAAGUGUGCGUGGGCCGGAGCCGGCGCGUGUGCCCGCAGUCGCUGUGCGCCGGGCGGGGGUGCCGCAAGUGCUUCGGGGCGCGCGCAGCCUCGCGCGGGCGGAGCGAGGAGGGAUGCGUGCGGGAACUUUUCGCCCGCCCCGCAAGUCCGGGACCCGGCGUUCAGAGGAGCUGUCCUCCGCCGCCAGCCCCGAGUGCCCGCCCCGCCCCCACUUCCGCCUCCCGCCUCUUCCUCGUUCCCGGCUCCCAGGGCCGCCGGUCCCCAGGGAACCCCGCAGGCACAGCCCCACCCGGCCGGCUCUGCUCGCUCCCACGCCCCCGCCGCCGCCUGUCGGGAGCGCACCCAGCGAGCCAGCGGGGCGCGGGCGCUGCAGGGACUGACAUGGACCCAAAUCCUCGAGCAGCCCUGGAGCGGCAGCAGCUGCGUCUCAGGGAGCGGCAGAAGUUCUUUGAGGACAUUUUACAGCCAGAGACAGAGUUUGUUUUUCCCUUAUCCCAUCUGCAUCUUGAGUCACAAAGACCCCCCAUAGGUAGCAUCUCGUCUAUGGAAGUGAAUGUGGACACACUGGAGCAGGUGGAAUUUAUUGAUCUUGCGGAUCAGGAUGGAGCAGAUGUGUUCUUGCCUUGUGAGGAUUCUCCGCCAACUCCCCAGGUGUCUGGAGUGGAUGACCAUCCAGAGGAGCUGAGCCUGCUGGUACCCACGUCAGACAGGACCACAUCCCGGACCUCCUCCUUGUCCUCUGACUCCUCCAACCUUCGCAGUCCAAAUCCAAGUGAUGGGGGAGGAAACACUCCUUUGGCACAGUCUGAUGAGGAGGAUGGGGAUGAUGGAGGGGCAGAGCCUGGACCCUGCAGCUAGCAGUGGACCUCUUAUAGACUGGCCAAUCUGGCUGUUCUCCAUGGAGAGGAGACCCUAAGCCCAGCAGAGCACUCUGGAGAAGACCUGACACUUUCCUUCAGCACCAAAGGGAGGGAAGGAUGGUGGCUGGUGUGCCUGAGAGCUAGCCUCCCCCGCUUACUGCUAACGCUGUCCUGCUGCCAUGCCCCCACAGUGCUUUUCUUCUGAGGUAGGACUUCCAAGGGAGACUCUAGAGGUGAGGUGGGACAAGAUGCCACUGUUUUCUUAGUCCCCUCCUGCCCCCAAUGAUCCCGUAGUCUUCCAUUAGAGUCUCCUAUGCCAGUGUCUCUGAGGGGAAGUUCUGAGGAGUUUACUUUUCAGUUAUCCUGCCUCUAUAAGUCCUUUUGGGAACAGGAUAUGGUAUAAAUAAUAAAUAAUAAUAUAUCACUCAUUUCACCUCAUUCUUCAUAUUGCAAAGAUGCCACACCCACUGUCAUUAACUAACUAGUGCCAUAGCUCCAUCACUCACUCCAUUUUGCCAAGCAAUACUUAGGAAUUUCAUAUCUCCGCAAGGCAUUUGGAAUAGAGUUCCGAGUAAGAUGAAGUGCUUUCCUGUUUUCACAGAGUUUACUGUCUGGUGGAGAACAUCAGGUAAAUAUUAUUCACAGUAUAGUAAGUGACAUGGUCAAGUCCUUCUCUGGUAUCAGGAAAGAAAAUCAACAAGAUGGUUUCUUAAGCAGAGAUCUAAAGGACAUGAGUAGCCAAGCAAGGCAGAGGGAGAAGGAUCCCACUGGGGAGAAGCUGCUGCCUUAGCACACUAAGUGGAAAGGCUGGGCUGGGUGUGGGGCUCAUGCCUGAAACCUCCACACUUCAGAGGUGGGAGCAGGGGACAGCUUUGGCUUCAUAGCAUAUUUGAGGCUAGCCUGGGUUUCAUGAAAGUGUCUCAAAAGUAAAAUAAGCAAAAAAACAAAAAAAGAUAAGGAAGAAGAGAAGGAGGAGGAAGAAGAGGGCUAAAGAAGCUAAAAACACACUCGGUUUGGCUAUAUUGUUGGAUUUGAAAAUAUACAGGGAGAGGUAAACGAUGAAGGUCAGAUUGUGAAAUGCUUUGAAGCCUGUAUUAGGUUUCAGUUUGACAGCUAGUAAAAGACCAUGACUUAAGAUACAAAUUUAUAUCCUCGUACCGAAGAAGCCAAAAAUAUAGGACUCCUUGGGGAAGGUCCACAGUAACUGAACACCUCUGAGUUUUUUGGGUUGUUUUCCUUAGCCGUCCUGGGCACAUAAUGUUAUUUCUUGCCUGUGCCUUGUGUUUAGGAUAGCUGGCAAAGCAAUAGCCAGCAUGGCUUUGAAAAUGGCAGAAAAUGAGGUGAAGUAGAGAAUGGGCAGAAAGGGCACAGCCUGGGGUCUGUUGUCAGGGUACAGCCUGAGGUCUGUUGUCAGGGCACAGCCUGGGGUCUGUUGUCAGGGUACAGCCUGGGGUCUGUUGUCAGGGUACAGCCUGAGGUCUGUUGUCAGGGUACAGCCUGGGGUCUGUUGUCAGGGUACAGCCUGGGGUCUGUUGUCAGGGUACAGCCUGAGAUCUGUUCUUACCUGGAGGCUAUAAGAAAUGGUGCCCACUUAUAUUUUAUUGCCCAAAAUUUUAUAACAGAAAAUGUGGCAUUUUAGACAUUUUAUAGACACUGUGACACAGCAUUUUCUAGGAGAGUAAAUUCUAGCUUUUGGAAAGAGUGAUAACCCUUUCAAAUCACUGAAUUGCCACUGCAUCAGAUUCCAGUGUCACCUAACAUCUCUGAGAAGCACUGAGUCUAUCGGGAGGCUGGGAUAUCCCUUUUUUAAAGGCGCUCUACUGUCCUGUUCCUAAGGAGUAAGAAGAUAGUAGUCAUUUAGCAGUUUACAUGGUCGGAGGCCAUGUUACUGCAUUUGGACUUUCUUGGGAAUAAUGAAAGAUUACAAGUGGUUGUGUCAACUAACCCCAGAGAUGCAAGGAGAAAGACCGCCGGUCCAAAUCAUCGUGACCAAAUUAAUUAAAGCAAGCUUGUUUAUUCGUGGACCCAGGCUGUCUUCCCCCUAAAGGCAGGCUCCAAGAGAUCAAUAUUGGAAAUGGGGAAGAUUUGACUUUUAUAGCUCAGGGGUAAGGCAUUCCCAAAUGGGGGGUUUGGCAGCAAAAUAGGGUUUCAAAAGCAGAACAAAAGGUGGUCAUAACAAGGUAGUCAUAACAACAGGUAGUCAUUACAACCUUUAGAAACAAAGGUAGGGUUCUAAGAUGGUCAUGACUUUUUGAAACAAAGACAUGAGUUGCUGUUUCCUGGGACAGGCUAUGCAGAACCAUUUAUAAUUGAGGUUACAGCAGGUGCACAGCACAAUCCUUGAGAAACAGGUUUAAUCACAAAUAGGGAUGAAUGAGCCUAGUUGGUCUUCACUGUAAGAUGACUUUAUGGCCUAAGAUGGAGGCAAGCUGGUUCAUCAGUUGGACUUGCCUUUUUAAAAGGUAAUUCUGACUGCAGUUUAGAAAAUAUACUGGAAAAGACAGGCUGUAGACAAAGAAUGCAGUAAUAUAUGGAAGUCAUAACAGGUCCAGUAGGCUGAGGUAAUCUCCCUACCUAGGCUCAAGCGAGAUAUAAACAAAUUGACAUUAUUUCAUGCCAUGAAUAGUACAUGUUGGUAUUUAACAAGUGUAAAACACAAAUACAGUCUUGACAGGAAAAAGUCGCUUCUGUCAUGGAGCUCAGUGUAGUGGAGCCCAGAUGUAAAUUUGCAGCUCUGACUGGUGCUGCAGAGCAGCCAGUCUAUUCAGAGAGGUCACGGGGGAGUCUCCCUUGAGGAAGUGACAUUGGAGCUGAGAUCUGAAUAACAAGCAGGAAUAAGCUAGGGGAAGAGAGAACGGCUGGAAGGCCCCUUGAGGCUGGUUACAGGGAUCAAGUGCCUGGAAACCAGAAGAUUGCAUUUAUCAGAAUAGGAGAGAAGAGUCAGGGUAGUUGUGGGGUAAGGGAAGGUGGAAGGUUGAGAAGACUUCAGAGGUAAACCUGGGCACCUUUUGAUUGGGUGAGUUGGAAAGGAAGGGGACAAAGGUACAGUAUUGUUUCUACCUCAUGCUACAGGAUGAUUGUAGGGUGUGGGCUGAAAUUGUAAUAAAUUUGUUUAGAUGUAUUGA